AAAAAAGAAAGAAAAGAAAAAAGGAAGAGUCGCAUUUAAUUCCAGUAGUCAUGAAGCAGAAACAGGUGGAUUUCUGUGAGUUCAAGGAAAGCCUGGUCUACAUAGAGAAUUCCAGGCUAGCCAAGGGUACAUAAUGAGACCCUGUCUCAAAAAACAAAUAAACGAAACAGACAAAAGGAGGCGAGGAGAAAGAGAGCAGCUAGUUUUCACGAAGAAGGGAAGGAGAAGCCGGGAUAUAGAAAGACAGAGACGUGCAGGCAUCCGGAGCACACUGCUAGGACGCAGCUAGCCCUUUAUUAUGCCCAUUGCAGCUGCUACCAGGAGGCCAAGUGGGGCAGAGGGUGGAGAGAGGGACAUGGAUUCAUCUGCAGUUGCUAUGGCGCCCCAGGCCGGAUUUGCCCGUCUCUACUGAUGGAGAGUAGGGGAAGGAGGGAGGUGGAGAGAGGACAACUGGUCCCCUCCCUUCCCCUCUUUUAUCUCUGGAGCAGAUGUGGGGUGUACGUGUCUGGAGUGGGGGUGUCUGCAUACUGGAUCAGAGGUGGAGAGAAGAGCAGUAUGCAGGAUUAAGAGGUUUUUGAGAUGGGGUGGCACACUGAGUGAGGGGGGACAGGGCCAUCAUACCUGUAUCCAGAAGCUAACUGGUAACAUUAGAGAGGGAAAGCAAAAACCACAACAGGCUAGAUGGUAUUAGCAUGAGAGAGAGGAGGGAGGGAGGGAGGGAGGGAGGGGAAGAGGUGUGGAGACAGACUAGACACCAGCCUUUCUCUGCCUGCAUUCUCCUGAGUCCCCCAAACCUCUAGGCAGCCUGGAUUCCAGGGAUAUGAGAGCUGCCAAAGAAUGGGCACCAGGGCAGUAGUCACGCCUUCUCUUGUUUGGGGGCUGCUGAGUUGCUGUUUCCUCUGCUGCGAUUGGGCUCUGGGGAGCCAAAGGCCCUUCCGCUCUCUGCCUCCUCUAUCCUCCCAAGCCAAGCCAGGACCUGGGCCCACAGGGAAGCCCCCUCAGGGGGCCAACGCAGCCCUGGCUUUUCUCUACUCCGGAGAUGUUCAUCACCUGUCAGGGGCUAAUUGCAGUGAGAGCUACGAAGUCCGUGGGGCGGAAGGCAGAGUGGGCAUCCCCCCAGUCCUACAGAGAGCAGCGGGCACCCUGGCGCAGGCGGCCAAUUUCCUCAACAUGCUUCUACAAGCCAAUGACAUCCGGGAGUCGAGUGUGGAGGAGGACGUUGAGUGGUAUCAGGCACUUGUCCGAAGUGUGGCAGAGGGGGACCCAAAAGCCUACAGGGCUCUACUGACCUUUAACCCUCCACCAGGGGCCAGCCACCUUCAGCUGGCCCUGCAGGCCACCCGGAUGGGGGAUGAGACCAUCCUUCAGGACCUGUCUGGGAACAGGGUACAGGAAGAAAAUCCAGAAGAGGACCUGGACAGCGUUGGCUUGCAGAAGCGAGUACUGACCAAUGACCUAAGGAGUCUGGACAGCCCUAAGUGGCCACGGGGAGAUGGAUAUGUAGGGGACAUCCAUCAGGUGAAGCUGUCUCCUCCCUUCCUGGAAUGCCAUGAGGGCCGGCUCCGUCCUGGCUGGCUAGUCACAGUCUCAGCCACAUUCUAUGGACUCAAGCCAGACCUCACCCCGGAAGUCAGGGGGCAGGUGCAGAUGGACAUCGACCUCCAAAGCGUGGACAUCAAUCAGUGUGCAAGCGGCCCAGGCUGGUACUCGAACACCCACCUGUGUGAUCUCAACAGCACUCAGUGUGUCCCUCUGGAGAGUCAGGGUUUUGUCCUUGGCCGUUAUCUCUGUCGCUGCCGACCUGGAUUCUACGGGGCUAGCAGUUCUGGGGGGUUAGAGGAGCGUGCAAGUCAGACUGCCGGCCAAUUCGGGUCCCCACAAGGCAGCUUAGGGAAGCUGCUGCGGUGCCAGCCAUGUCCUGAGGGCUGCACCAGCUGUCUGGAUGCCACACCGUGCCUGGUGGAGGAGGCCCUGGCACUGAGGACGGCAGUGCUGGGCUGCCAGACCUGCUGCAUGCUGGCGGUCUUCCUGAGUAUGCUGGUUGCCUACCGUUGCCGAGGGAGCAAGAGGAUCCGGGCAUCUGGAAUCUUCCUGCUGGAAACCAUCCUUUUUGGAUCCUUACUUCUCUACUUUCCUGUGUUCAUCCUCUACUUCAAGCCCAGUGUGUUCCGCUGCAUCGCUCUCCGCUGGGUCCGGCUGCUAGGUUUUGCCGUCGUCUAUGGGACCAUCAUAUUGAAGCUUUAUAGGGUGCUCCAGCUGUUUCUGUCUCGAACGGCCCAGCGGGGUCCACAUCCAAGCAGUGGGCAGUUGCUGCGGCGCCUGGGGCAGCUCCUCCUGUUGGUAUUGGGCUUCCUGGCUGUGUGGACGGCGGGCGUCCUGGAGCCAGGCAUGGAGCACACGCCCCUGGUGACCCGAGGCCACACUCCCACCGGCCGCCACUUCUACCUCUGUCACCAUGACCACUGGGACUACAUCAUGGUUGUGGCGGAAAUGCUGCUGUUGUGUUGGGGCAGCUUCCUCUGCUACGCCACCCGGGCUGUCCCCUCAGCCUUCCAUGAACCACGCUACAUGAGCAUCGCCCUGCACAAUGAGCUGCUACUCUCUACAGUCUUCCACACAGCCAGGUUUGUGCUGGUUCCUUCCCUGAACCCAGACUGGACACUUCUCCUCUUCUUCCUCCAUACCCACAGUACAGUCACAGCCACCCUCGCUCUGAUCUUCAUCCCGAAGUUCUGGAAGCCAGGGGCGCCUCCCCGAGAGGAGAUCUUGGAUGAAGUGUAUGAGGAGGAGCUGGACCUGCAGCGCUCAGGCUCCUACCUCAACAGCAGCAUCGCCUCAGCCUGGAGUGAGCGCAGCCUGGAUGCAGGGGAUAUUCGGGAUGAGCUGAAGAAGCUCUACGCCCAGCUAGAGGUCCGCAAGACCAAGGAGAUGGCUGCUAACAACCCCCACCUGCCCAAGAAGCGGAGCAGCUCGCGCCAGGGCCUGGGACGCUCCUUCAUGAGGUACCUGGCAGAGUUCCCAGAGGCCCUGGCUAGGCAGCACUCCCGGGACUCGGGCUCUCCAGGCCGCGGCAGCCUGCCAGGCUCUUCCAGACGCAGGCUUCUCAGCUCCAGCCUUCAAGAAACUGAGAAGCCACCAGCCCUGCGCAAGACCCGCAGCACCUACGACCACCACAGGGAGCAUAACACACCUCUCCUUGACUCCGCACUGAGGAGAACCCUGUCCAGGAAGGCCUCGCCAGCCUCGGAGGGCCAAGGAGAGGGGCCCCCAGCCCUGGGCUUCAGGUCGGCCAGUGCUCACAACCUGACGGUGGGAGAAAGGCUCCCCCGAGCCAGGCCCAUCUCCCUGCAGAAGUCACUCAGUGUUGUGGCUGGCUCCAGGGAAAAGGCUCUGCUUGUGGCCAGUCAGGCCUACCUGGAGGAAACCUAUCGGCAGGCCAAAGAGAGAGAGGAGCGAAAGAAGGCUGAGGCAGCCACAGUGAGCCCAGUGCGGAGGCCGUCGGCCAGGAGGCCGGAGCGGCCUUUGAGGGUUCCUCUCUCAGCCCCACCUUCCCCGGCCAAGAGCAGCAGCACGGACAGCUCUCACACCCCUGGGAGGCCUCAUGAGGAGGCUGGGAGAAGGCUGCCUCACCCACCCAUCCGGCACCAGGUCUCCACACCCAUCUUCGCUCUGUCUGGGGCCUACCUGGGAGAGCCAAGAAUGCUGUCUCCCACCCCAACCCCCACAUUGGCUCCUGUUCCAUUGCCAGCUCUGGCCCCAACCCCCACUUCCGUCCUGGCACCCGUCCCAAUGCCCCCCCAGAGCCCCACCCUACUCGCUUUCAUCUGUCCCUGGGAGAAUGCAGAACUGCCAGGCAAGAAAGAAAAUGUGGUCCAGGAAGGCCCCACGGGGGCAGAGCAAAGCAGCCACUCACCUGCCUCAGCUCGUACCAAGAUCUGGAGGGCCCUCUCUGUGGCAGUGGAGAAAAGGGGGACUGGGGAGAGUGAGAGGACCACAGAGGACAGACAUGUCCAGGCGGAAGCUGAUGAUGUGGAUGAGGACAAGCCCAAGGUCCUCUCAAAAUCCCACAGCCUCAAGACACCGCUGCAGCAGGGCUCCGUGCGCAGCCUGGGCCUGGCCAUCAAAGCGCUGACCCGUUCCAGGAGCACCUAUAAAGAGAAGGAAGGUGGGGAGGACAGCUCUGAGACUGAGAAGGGAAAGCCUACGGGAGUGAGCAUGGGCGCUCCACCCCGAUCUCCCAGGCUAGGCCGGCCCAAAGCAGUGAGCAAGCAGGCUGCCCUCACCCUCUGUGAGGAUGAGGAGUCCCUCCAGAACCAACAGAAUGCUCACACCAGCAGAAUGCUCCAGGUCUGUCACAAAGAGGGCAGCAAUGAACCAGAAAAUAGGGACAAGAGGGCAUCGCAGGGCCCCGGGGAGAGGGGAGGCGAGAGAACCAGUAAAAUAGGGCUUGCUACACUGAGGCAAGUUUUUGGGGACAAAAAUGCUGAACAAGCGAAGGAAUCCUCUGUGGGAGACCAAGAGGUGGCAAAUACCGCCCUCCAGCCCCUCGGCAGUGCUGACCACAGGGUGGCAGAGGUAUGCCCCUGGGAAGUAACUCAAUCAGGAAUAUGCCAGCCAGAGAAUAGCAACAAGGCCAAAAUCUGCCCCUGGGAGGGGACUGAAGGAGGCCUUGAGAAGACUCCAUCAAGACAAGUUCUAAGUAGCUCCUGGGCAGGGAGGGAGAAAGCCCCAGAGGAAUCAGAACCUGAGGGUGUGGGUGCCAUUACUGGGGAAAAGCCGGAGAGGCUUGUCCGGAGCCAGGAGGCAGUGUGUCCUUGGGAAAGUGCCGACCCUGGAGGUGUGUCUCCUCAGUUGGCCCAUCAGGACUCUGACAGAACCCAGGGCAGGUCUGCAGUAGUGGGCAGUACGGAGGUGAGGAAGGGGGAAAGGCAUCCAGAGGUUCUCCCACGCGGGGUUGCCAAGGCUGAGCUGUGCCCCUGGGAGCUGAGUGAUGUGGGGGAGGAGACGUUGGCCCAGAGAGUGAAGGAACCCCCCGAAGAAAGGCAGAAAUCCCCCCAAAAGGAAAGCUUCUGGAGCGAACAGAAUCUGGGCAGAGACCUGGUGUCUCUUUGUCCUUGGGAAAGUACAGAUUUUCGGGGUCCCUCAGCAGUCUCACUUCAAGCCCCGGGAAGCUCAGGGAGUCUGGGCAGUGGUAUUACAGAGGUCUGCCCAUGGGAGGUAGGAGAUACACCUAAAGACAGGAAAGCUGAGGUCUGCCCCUGGGAGCUGGGAGCAGAAACACUGAAUCAGGGAACAGAGGGGGAAUCUCUCCCGGGAAGGGAGACUGCAUCCAGAAAGGGGUACUUGGGAGAGAUGGGGGAGCAAACUGCAAGGACAGUGCCUACAGUCUGUCAAGGGCAGGAGUCAGUGUGCCCCUGGGAGGACCCAGCCCCUGAGCAGUCCAGCCCACAUCCAGACAACUCCUCAUCUAAGGCUGCUGUGCAGUUCCUAAGCAGUGGGGACAGCCAGGCGCUGCAAGUGUGUCCUUGGGAAGCGCUCAAGCCAGAAGAAAAGCAGGCAGCACCCUCCACGGCAGAAAUCUGUCCCUGGGAAGUAGAUGGAAGAACCCAAGCACCCUCGACAGCAGAAAUCUGUCCCUGGGAAGUAGAUGGAAGAACCCAAGCACCCUUGACGGCAGAAAUCUGUCCCUGGGAAGUAGAUGGAAGAACCCAAGCACCCUUGACGGCAGAAAUCUGUCCCUGGGAAGUAGAUGGAAGAACCCAGGACAGGACAUCAGAACACACACUCAAAGGAAGAGAAUCUCAAAAAGACGAGGAGAAAAUACCUGGAAAAGCAAGAAUCCAAACAUGGGAAAAGGCUGGGGGGCAGAUCCAAAAGCAGGAAGCAAUCUGCCCCUGGGAGAGCAUGGAUCCUAGCAGCACCCCGCAAAAAGACUCAGAGAAACCCCAAGCUACUCUCCAGAGGCAAGGCAGUAUGGGAGGCAAAGCUGCUGAGAUCUGCCCAUGGGACGUGGGGGAGAGCCUGAGAGCUGAGAAGGCCAGGAGCUGCCCCUGGGAGGUGGGUGCUGGGGCUGGAGAGGAAAGGACUGUGGGAGCUGAAGCCUGUGGGGUCUCUCGGAAUGAUACAGCUCAGACUGCUACAGAUUCUGGACCCAGGCAGAUGGCUGCUACUACUCCAAAGAAGCCAGAGAGGCCAGGCCUGGAGGAGGUGGUCUGUCCUUGGGACAGCGUGGGUCCAGGGGACUCUUCUCAGCAGCCAGAUGCUCUGAGCACUGAGAAUCCAAAAGAUGGGCUCCAGGAACUUGACCACACGAGCUCCAGGCCAAUAGAGGUGUGUCCCUGGGAAGUGAGCGAAGGAACCGUGGUGAAAGGGCUGGAGCAAGAGACGGGGAGUGAAAUAGCGGAGCAAGGGCCAAAGAAGCUGGAAAAGGUGGGACUUCCCUUCCAAGAGGGGACAUCAAAAGGGGAUGCAAAACUCUGCCAGGAACAGGAACCUAUCAGUCCUCGGAAGGAUGAGGAUUUGAGGAAACCAUCUGCUCAGGUCCCCACGGUCUCAGAUUUGCCCAGCAGCAUCAGUAGUCAGGUAGCAGAGGGACAGUCCUCAGAAGUGAGUGACAGGUCAACAGAGAAGGGAAGCCUGAGACAAAACCUGAAGGUGGGUUCCCUCCCAGAACACACACCCCAAGGAAAAGCUACAGCUUUGAAAUCACAGUUCCCUGCUGACUGGGAAGGAACAAGCAAGGAGCUCCAGUCUGUCUGUCCCUGGGAGAGCAUGAUGCUGGCAAGCCCCUCCCUCCACCCUCAUGGUCAGUACUCUGACCAACCUAGAGCCAGCGCCCAGACACUGGUCAGUACUGGCGGAAGGGUUGCGGAGGUGUGCCCAUGGGAUGCUCCGGUCCCAGGUCAGUAUGACCCUGACAGUGACACCAAGGUUGAAGUCUGUCCCUGGAAGGUGACUGGGAGAAUUACGGAGACACAGACAUCAGAACAGGAUGAAAAGGAGGAAUCUCAAGAAGAAAAAGAAAGAGCCCCUGAAAAACCAGAGCCCAAAGGUGUGGCAGUCCAGACCAGGAACUUUGGGGAGCAGGAAGCUGUGUGCCUUGGGGAGAGUCGGGACUUCGGAGUGCAACCAGACACAGGUGCUUCUGAUGGACGCAAGGGCAGUUCUGAGAAAGUGGGCUGUGUGGGGGUCAGGGAGGCAGAAGUGUGUCCUUGGGAAGUAGAAGAGGUUCCCUCUGCCAAGAAAGCAGAGAUCUGCCCUUGGGAAGCAAGUCCAGGAACGGUGGGGGAGGGGGCACUGGACCAGGGGCAGGAUGGAGAGUCACAGGAGGCUGGAGGGGCUGAAGGACACUUUUUAGAAGCAGCGGAGGCAGUCUACCCCUCAGAAGGCACAGCAACAGCAGGGCUAUUCCCGGAGGCAGACACCACGGACACAGACCACCCCAAGGUCAGCCCCCAUGGAGCAAGCAGCCCAGGGCAGAGGCUAGCAGAAUUAUGUCAAUGGGAAGUGACAGACCCAGAAGGAAAUAAAAUCAAGGGCACCAUGGCAGACAUUUGUCCAUGGGAGGAAAGCAGACCCCCAUCUGAUGAAUCAGGCCCCCUGGCUUUACCAACAACCCAGACCGAUGUCCCUGCUGCCCCUGAGAAAUCACUCUGCCUCUCAGUACACAGACCUUUGGAGACCUUUCUUCCAGAGAGCAAGAGCGUCCACCCAGAAGUGAGCAAGCCACCCAGUGCUCUCCCUCUGGAAGGUGUCAGAGAACAUGGGCCUUUGGGACUUGAGCCUGGAGCCAAGUCAGACCCAGAGCCAAGUCUCGAAGAAGCGGAAGCUCCGAAGUCUCUCUCCUUGAUUGAAGACCAAGGGCAAAUGACUUCUGAGGUUCAAGAUGGAGAACUCAGCCCUCCACCUGCUUACCCUUGGGACUGUGAAUGAGCACCGAAGUGAGGUCAGAGCUCCUUCAGGACACUUCCCACGGUCCAGUUCCCAAGGAGCUGCCUCAAAGACACUUGGCUACUUCCUCUCCCCAAGAGGCCAGCUGGCAAUUCAUUCAAAAGGAACUGUACAAGAAGGGUGCAGCGUGGCCCCCAAGGGAUAUCCGGUCCUCUCCACUUCUCUUUCUGCUUGAGGAAACAAGCCGGACCCUUCCCGUCUAAAGAAUUCUACUAUUUGUCCAGCGUACCUGACACCAGUCAUUCAAAUCUGAACUCUCACUUAAACGGAGUUUACCCAAGGCAGCAAAGACCCAGACCACACGAGGCAGUGGCAGUCGGGAACUGUGGGCGGGAGAAAGUUAUCGAGCCAUGUGAUUUAGGAUGACAGACAGGGCUACAAUGUGGCUCAGUGGUUAAGCACAUGCCCUGCUCUUGCAUGGGACCGAGGUUUUGCUCUCAACACCCAUGUCAAGUGGCUUAUAACCACCUGUAACUCCAGCUCUGGGGAAUCCUCCAAUUUCUUCUGGUCUCUGAGGCCAUUCAUGUGCACAUACCCCCACACAGACAGACAGACAGAUAGACAGACACACACACACACAAUUAAAAUUAAUAUUUAAAAGAUGAAAGAUGUCAGAGGAAAAGGAAGACAAAAUAUGUGCCCCCCCCCAAAAAUCUCACAGACCUAGACCUUCUUCUCAUCCCAUUCCCCGACACAUGGUCCCAGGCUGGUCUAGAACUCUGUAUGUAUGAGGCUGACUUUACUCUUCUCAUCCUCCUGCAUCACACUACUGAGUUCCAGGGUUACGGGGUGCACCACCAUGCCCAGUGUAUUCAGUGGUGGCCAAUGCAUGCUAGGCAAGCUCUCUGUCACCUGAACUAUAACCCCAGCCCUGCCUUUGUCUUUCUGUGGGUAUGUGUGGUGCUGGAGACUGAACCCCGAUCCUCAGGAAUCAGCAAGUCACAUCCCCAACUCAAGGGCCUUGUUUUUUGAUUUGAACCUCCAAUUUCUACUUGAUUAUUUCCCAUUUGUGCCCUGACUGAUGGCUGAAGUGGUAACAAUUAGACGCUCUGACAUCUAUGUCACAGCUGGUGUCCACAGUGACAACACAGGACAAGGGAAAACACUUCUCAGGGUCCUCCCCACACUGUACAAAGUGUUCUCCCUUCCAGAUGUGCUCAGUAAGCCAUCUUCCCAUUUUCCUGGCCAAGCUCUCGCCAUCACCACAGCUCACCUCCCUGCCUCCUCUUCCUGAUGUUUCUGUAGUCAGCAAAAGGACCCCUCCUUAGUAAAUGCAGCCAAGGGGAGAUCUCUGGUUCUCAGGCAAGAACCACUCUGACUCAUUUGCACCCCUUCCCAGAGGAGCCUGGGGAAGAAAAGAGGUCCUGUUCACAGUCAGAAUCCCAGCUGCUACCUUCAGAAAGAGUAGCACUUCUGGCCAAGUGAGAAGCCCAAGGGCUGGGCAAGGCACCACGUCAACACAAAGCCUCUUAGCAGCUCACUGUCCACUUGGCUCUCCUGUCAACGAUCCUUCAGCCUACCUUGCUUGAGCAGCAGCGUGAGAUGACAGAGGGUUGCUGUUAUAUGAGCUCACCAAAGGGAGACUAGGAAGGAGAAAAAUGGCUUGGGAGAGCAAGAAGGGCUGCAGACAGGCGGCCUAUUGUAGCCGAGCGGCUACAUUCAUGACAACAGCAGGUCCCACCCCCUGACGGUACCGUACAGAGGUGGAAAACCCCGGAUGAGACCAAAUGCCCAGUGAGCAAACCGGGAGUCUGUAUGCAAAUGCCUCACAGAAAAGAACAGCUGAGUACUCCAUUUCCAAAAGGGAACAGAUUAACAGUCACCCACUCUCCUGUGGGGGCCAGCUGCCCUCAUUCCCACACAGAGCUCUCCUACCUACCCAGUUCUCCUACACUGGGUUUCUACAGCAGUGUGUUGUUCUGGGCUGUGGCUACUUAACCCCACAACUUCUGAGCUCAGGUAGACUUCACUAACUGUGCACCCCAGAGCAAUCCCACUGGGUCUAGUCUAGGUGAAAAUGCAAAAUUAUCUCCACAUUCAGUGUUACAAAUAGCCACCUGGGGAAAUAAUAAAGAAUGCUUGUUCUCAGCUACUA